AUGCUUCGGAGGGACGGCAGGAGGAACGACCCCCCCAAGCGCGUGCGCUUCCAGCUGCCCGAGAGGCACUGGCGGGAGGAGCUGGAGCUGGAGCGGCAGGCGGCCGCCGCUGCCCUUGGGGACGCGGAGGACGCCUGGAGCUCUGCCGCGCUGCCGUGGGGGGAGCGCAGCCCGGAGGGCGAGCGCGGGCUGCCGCGCGCGGGGCCGGCUCGCGGGGCCGGGAGGACCUGGCUGCGGGCCGUGAGGUUCCGCCUCCGGGCGCUGGGCAGAUCCUGCGCGGUGCCGGCUUUGCGCUCCGGCAAGAGGCUCUUGCGGAGGCCCCGGGCGCCCGCGGAGACGCUCGCUGCCACGGGCGUCGAGGAGGAGCGAGGGGAGCGCGGCACCGUCGCCUCCAGCCCGGCCAGCGCCCAGGACCCGCUCGAGCAGAGCCUCGACGCCGGCGUCCCCAGCGCUGAGGAAGGGCAGAUCCCUUCUGGCGGAGAUGACUCCGGGAUGGAACAACCUCCAGCAGCGGAAGAGCAGCCCCCGGCGCCCCGCUGCGACGAGGUUGUAGAUGCGGCCGUCACGUACAUCUCCAAGUACGUGAAGGACCUGGCCGCCUACAUGGAGGAAGCCAUCUGCCAGGAAAUGGAGCUCGCCAAGGAGCUCCAGGCCUUUGGCAGAUCCUUCAAGAAGAUCUCCGUCCCAGGGCCGUCUGGGCCAGCCCUGGAGACUCCUGCGCCGUCCCAGCAGGAGGACGUGGCUCUGCAGGAAGGCCCCCGAGACGAGGAGCGGCCAAAGCAGAGCCUCGAGGCCCUGGGACAAACUCUGCUCAUCAACCAGCAGCUGCUGGAGAAGAUGGAGCAGCAGUGGCGGGAGGCCGAAAGGCAGCUGCAAAAGGAAAAGGCCGAGCUCUGCUGGCUGCCCUGCUCUGAGGAUGUGGGGGAGGAAGGGCAGGAAGAGCCGGCAGAGGAAGAGGAGCCGGGUGCCCGCAGCACUGCCCGGCGCGAAGGCUGGCGCAGCUGGAGGAGGGAGCUGAGGCGAUGCUUGGAGACCCAAUGGCAGCUGCUGCAGCAGCCAGCUGGCCUGAUGUUUUAUGCCAGGUGGCUGCAAAUAACAAACUAAGGAAGAGCAUCACCUUUCCGAGGUGCUACGCGUGCAGCCGAGAGAUUUUGUUGAGCACUGUCUGGUGGAGGACUUUGCGCUUCCAUCAUCGCGCUGUGUUCCCAUCGGCGGUAACAACAGCGAUAGCGCUGCAGGGACCUGCGAUAAGCUGCCCUACGUGCCUGGAGGUGCCAGCGCAUUGCCACGAUCAGCUGCGAAAUGAAGCCAGAGCGGAGCACGCCCGUCUCCUUUUGCUUUGGGAAGGGGAUUGUGAAGCUGCGUCUUUGGCUGCGCAGGUCUCUGAGCCCGGAAGACACCGCGGCAAAAUGGCCGUGGUAAAGAAUCACAGGGCACCGGGCGCUCUCCUCCGCCACUGGACGUUAUGCUGGGGGACUGACCGAGAAACCCAGAGCAAUAAAGAAAUAAAUGAACCUUGCAGCCUAGCACAAGACUCUCUGUGAGUGUAGGUGUGUGCUUGUUAGGCGUUACCCGAACUGCUGCCCAACACACUCCUGGGUUUGAAAUGGACCCUACAGACAGCACAAAGUCUAAAUGU